AUGGGCUGUGGCUCCGCAAAGUUUCAUGAGCCAAUCUCCACUGGGAAGAGUGGAAACCCUUUGGACCUGGGAGAAAUUGCAAAAGAGUUUCCAGUGCGAGCACCAUGCUUGCCUGGUGACGUGCUGGUGAGUGGUGACCUCCCCGAGAAGAUGGUGGGCCAAUUGGCCGACCAUUGCAAAGGGUGGCUCUAUGUGAAUCCUGAGUCUGAUCCACACUUCAUGCCAGAGACUAUCAAGUCCAAGGGUUCCAAGGUAGAAGUCUUGCCCUUUAAGCCCUCCAAGGACCUGUCAUCAAGUUUGGUAGACCAAUUGGUGAAGACCAUUGCAGAGAUGCCCAGGCCUUUGAUGAUCCAAUGUACUUCAGCCAAUCGAGCAGCCGUCGCAUUCUUGCCUUGGUUGGCCAAGGAGCGCGGUUACACAUCCGGCUGUGCAGAGAUGUUGAUCAAAGAUCUGAGCCUGGACACUGUUAGGCCGGAAGCGCAGCAAUGGCUGACCAGUCGUCUGCCUGAAGUGGGCAGCGCCGGGCCAUUGAUUUCCCGGAGCCCGGAAGUUCGACAACUCUUCGAUGAAGAGACCUCCACCUUCACCUACCUGGUGAGCUGUCCUGAGACCUUGGAGGCAGUGCUGAUUGACCCGGUCUUGGAACAAAAGGAUCGCGACCUUGAGGUUUGA